AGAGAGAGAGAGAAAGAGAGACAGACAGGAGAGGAGCGAAGAUCGAAUAGCAUCUGCAGGGGAAUGGAAAGUCUCUGACAGGCCGGAUGAAAUGAGACCCCCAUGUAGCGAUCGUCAUGGAAACCUGUGACUCCUCUCCCAUCUCAAGGCAGGAGAAUGGACCAAGGAGCGCGACCAAGCCCCGUGGCCCGGCCCCGCAGGAGGGCGAGGGGGCGGACAAGGCUGCCGGGCCGGAGGCGGACGGGGGCCGGGCCUCGCCCGCCGGGGCCCCGAGGACAGACGAGGGGCCGGGGCCCGGCCCGCCGGCGGGGAGGGGGCCCGCCCCCGCCGCGGCCCGCAUCCCCUGCCACGAGUGUGCCGCUUCUUUCUCCAGUUUACAGAAGUACAUGGAGCAUCACUGCCCCAACGCCCGCCUGCCCGUCCUGAAGGAGGACCGGGAGAGCGAGUCCAGCGAGCCGGAGGACAGCGACGUGGAGAACCUCAGCGGGGAGAUCGUCUACCAGCCCGACGGUUCGGCCUACAUCAUCGAGGGCGCCAGGGACGGCGGGCCGGGGGCGGCGGCCGAGGCGGAGAGGCCCCCCGCGCCCGCCCCCGCCCCCGUGGCGUUCUACCCUCAGAUCAUCAACACCUUCCACAUCGCCUCGGCCCUGGGGAAGCCCUUCGCGGCCGACCCGGCCUUCCCAAAUACCUCAGCGCCGGCGGGCUCCGUUCCCGUGUUGCACAGUUUCCGGGUCUACGACCUCCGGCACCGGAGGGAACGGGACUAUCUCGCCGGCGACGGCUCCGCCAAAAACUCCUGCGUGUCCAAAGAUGCCCCGGGCGACGUGGACCUGUCCCGCUUCGACGGCCGCGUGAGCGACGGCAAGAGGAAGCCCGUCCUCAUGUGCUUCCUGUGCAAGCUGUCCUUCGGCUUCGCCCGCUCCUUCGUCAGCCACGCCGUGCUCGACCACCGCAUGGUCCUCAACGAGCAGGAGCAGAAGCUCCUCGCCCACAAGCACGUCUCCGCCAUCAUCCAGGGGAUCGGCAAAGACCAAGAACCUCUCGUCAGCUUUCUCGAACCAAAAAGGCCGGCCCCGGGCUACCCCUGCUUCCCCGCCCCGGGCCCGCCGGGCCCGGACCCCGCCUUCCGCGGCCUGUGGGCCGCCCUCCGCGUGGAGAACGGCGAGGCCCUGCAGGCGGGCCUGGCCUUCCUCCAGGGCGGGCCCGGGCCCUCGCCGCCCUCUCCCCCCGAGCCCGGCCGGGGGCCGGGGCCGCUGGCGGGCCUCCCCAACGGCGGGUGCCCCGUCAAGAGCGAGCCCGCGGACGAGGAGGACGGGGACGGCGACUUCAACGGGCGGCCGGGCCCGGCGGACGACGGCCCCGGCGCCGCUCCCCAGCACGGCCCCCCUCCCGGCGGCGGCACCGCCCCGGUCCCCCCGGGCCCGGCGGACGGGUCCCCGGGCAGCGGGGUGGAGUGUCCCAAGUGCGACACCGUGCUGGGCUCCUCCCGCUCCCUGGGAGGCCACAUGACGAUGAUGCACUCCCGAAACUCGUGCAAGACGCUCAAGUGCCCCAAGUGCAACUGGCACUACAAAUACCAGCAGACGCUGGAGGCCCACAUGAAGGAGAAGCACCCGGAGCCCGGAGGCUCCUGCGCCUACUGCAAGAGCGGCCAGGCCCACCCCCGGCUGGCCCGCGGCGAGAGCUACACGUGCGGCUACAAGCCCUUCCGCUGCGGCGUCUGCAACUACUCCACCACGACCAAAGGCAACCUCAGCAUCCACAUGCAGUCCGACAAGCACCUCAACAACGUCCAGAACCUGCAGGGUGGCGGCCCCGCGGGCGGCGGCGAGCCCCCGUUCGCCCCCGCGCCCCCCGCCGCCGCCCCCGCGGCCCCGGCCCUCCCGGGCCGCGGGGCACCCUCCCCGGCCAGGCCCAAGCAGAAGGCCACGUGGCGCUGCGAGGUCUGCGACUACGAGACCAACGUGGCCCGGAACCUGCGCAUCCACAUGACGAGCGAGAAGCACAUGCACAACGUGCUGCUCCUGCAGCAGAACGUCAAGCAGCUGCAGCACGACCUGCACCUGGGCCUGGCUCCGGCCGAGGCCGAGCUGUACCAGUACUACGUGGCCCAGAACCUGGGACUGACCGGCCUCAAGCUGGACGGGACGGCCGACCCCCCGCUCCUCGUCAGCCCCUUCCAGCUGGACGCCGCCGCCCUGGCCCCGGGACUCGUCGCCGGCGACCUGCCGUCCGAGCUCCGCCUGGCCGGCGCCCAGCUGGUGGGGGAGGACCUGGCCCUGCUGCCCGGGGCGGCGGGCGACCCGGCCCUGAAGAUCUUCCAGUGCGCCGUCUGCGACCGCUUCAGCUCGGACAGCCUGGAGGCCCUGAGCGUGCACGUGGGCAGCGAGCGGGCGCUGCCCGAGGAGGAGUGGCGCGCCGUCGUCGGGGACCUCUACCUGUGUCGCCUCUGCAACUAUAACACCCAGCUGAAGGCCAACUUCCAGCUGCACUGCAAGACGGACAAGCACGUGCAGAAGUACCAGCUGGUGGCCCACAUCAAGGAGGGGGGCCGCGGCAACGAGUGGCGCCUCAAAUGUCUCGCCGUCGGCAACCCCGUCCACCUCAAGUGCAACGCCUGCGACCACUACGCCAACAGCGUGGAUAAGCUGCACCUCCACACGGCCAACCACCGGCACGAGGCCGCCCUCAGGCUCUACAAGCACUUGCAGAAGCACGAGGGGGCGGUGAGUCCCGAUUCCUGCUACUACUACUGCGCCCUCUGCGAUUACUCCACCAAGGGGAAACUGAGUCUGGUCCAGCACGUGCAUUCCGUCAGACACCACCAGACGGAAGGGCUGCGCCGGCUGCACCUCCACCAGCAGGGCCUGCCCCCCGAGGACGAGGAGAACCUCAGCGAGAUCUUCUUCGUCAGGGACUGCCCGCCCGAGACGCUGGAGGAGCCGGGGGAGGAGCCGGACGCUACCGUGAAGGCGGACGAGGACGGGGCCCUGGGUGACCAAGACGACCGUCAAGCCAAGAAGGCCGGCAGAGAUGCAGGGCGAGGCACCCCGGAGAAGGCGAUCAAGGUCACCGUCGGGGUAGGGACGAAAACGCUCCUGCCACCGGAAGAGGAGGAGGAUGGUCCGGCUAAACGGCCCGGCUCCGCCGAGGACAGAAAGUUCUGCCCCGAGCAGUUUUAUCAGUGCCCUUACUGUAACUACAACAGCAGGGACCCCAGCCGCAUCCAGGUGCACGUCCUGUCCCAGCACUCCAUGCAGCCGGUCAUCUGCUGUCCCCUCUGCCAGGACGUCCUCAGCAGCAAAAUGCACCUGCAGCUCCAUCUCACCCACUUGCACAGCGUGGCCCCCGACUGCGUGGAGAAGCUGCUCCUUAGCGUUCCCGUCCCGGAUGCUCUGGUGCCCCCCACCCUGCUGCUUCCCACGUCCGCGGCCGACAAGUCCGAGCACGAAACGCCGGCCUCGCUGGCCGCCGAGGGAGUUGGGAGACGGCCAGGUGACGACGGUCCGACGGGCGACCCGGGCGUCCCAGGCCUCGAGGCCUCCAAGACGGGGCUGGAGAUCAAGAGCGAGGAGGAGCCGCCGCCCCCGCGUCCCCCGGAAGAGUCCGACGCGCCCGAGUGGAGCCGGACCGGCGAUGGCGGCCCGGACGCCGCGCUGCCCGGGCCCGACCCCCCGGCCGAGCGGGAGCGGCGACGGCCUCCGCCCGGGGCCGACCGCCCGGGGGCCGGCUCCCGCUGCGGGCCCCGCGGCCUGGCGUUCAAGACGCCGCAGCUGCCCGGGCAGCAGCGGCACCAGGCCCUGCGGGCCGCGGCCACGUGCGGCCUCUGCCCGCGCAGCUUCCGCUCGCCACCGGCCCUGCGCCGUCACCUGGAGGCCGCCCACCCGGAGCUGGGCGAGCCCGAGCUGCGGCAGCUCUGCGCCGCCCUGCCCGGCGACCUGGGCUGGCCCGACGCGGCCCCCGACGAGCCGGCCCGGGACCCCGAGGCGGCGGAGGAGGCGGAGGAGGCUGGCGGCGCGGAGGGCGGCCCCCCGGCCGAGGAGCCAGGCGUGGAGCCCAAGCGGACCCUGCCCUUCCGCAAGGGGCCCAACGUCACCGUGGAGAAGUUCCUCGACCCGUCGCGGCCCUACAAGUGCACGGUGUGUAAGGAGUCCUUCACGCAGAAGAACAUCCUGCUGGUGCACUACAACUCCGUCUCCCACCUGCACAAGCUGAAGAGGGUCCUCCGCGAGGCGUCCGGCAGCCCCGGGCCGGCCGACGGGCCCGCCGGGGCCGCCGACCACAAGCCGUACAAGUGCGGCGUCUGCAGCGUGGCCUACAGCCAGGCGUCCACCCUGGAGAUCCACCUCCGCUCCGUCCUGCACCAGACCAAGGCCCGGGCCGCCCGGCUGGACGGGAGCCCCGGCCUGCCGGCCGACGGCCCCACCAAGGACCCGCCCCCCUCCGAUGCCAAAGAGUUCCACAAGAAGCAGACGCCCGACCUCCCCGCGGGCCCCCCGCCCCCGGCCCCGGCCCAGCUGCAGGCGCAGCUGCAGCACGAGUUCCAGCAGCAGCAGGCCGCGGCCGCGGCGGCCACGGCCUUCUUCCCGCCUCAGUUUCUCCACCCCGCUUUCCUGCCGCACUUCCCCGUGACCCCCGAGGCGCUGCUGCAGUUCCAGCAGCCCCAGUUCCUCUUCCCGUUCUACCUCCCCGGCGCCGACUUCGGGCUGGGCCCGGACCUGGGGCCUCCGGGGGCCUCCCCGUGCGCCCUGCCCGGCCCGGCCGGCUCCCCGUUCGAAGAUCUGAAGCAGCAGCUGCAGGGGCAGCACCGCGGCGGCCACUCCCAGCUGCAGAUCCCCCCCCCCGAGCCGGGCGGCGCGGCGGACCGACCGUCCGGCCGGGACCCGCCGGGGCGCCGGGAGGCGGCGGAGGCGCCCGAGCCGCCCGGACGCGAGCCGACGGGUGAGGUCGAGGGGCUCCGCGAGGGGAAGAGGCCCCGGGCGGGCGAGGCCGGCGUGCCGCCCCCGCGCAUCGCCUCGGGCGCCCGGGCCAACGCGGCCAAGGCCCUGCUGGAGAACUUCGGCUUCGAGCUGGUCAUCCAGUACAACGAGAACCGCCAGAAGGCCCAGAAGAGAGGCCGGCCGGCGGGGGCCGAGGGCGAGGGUCCGGCCAAGCUGGAGUGCGGCGCCUGCGCCAAGCUCUUCUCCAACGCCCUGAUCCUCAAGAGCCACCAGGAGCACGUGCACGGGCAGCUCCUCCCCCACGGGGCGCUGGAGAAGUUCGCCCGCCGCUACCGGGAGGCCUACGACAAGCAGUACCCCAUCUCGCCCCCGUCGCCCGAGCCCCCGGCGGCCCCCCGGCCCGCCGCCGCGGCCUCGCCCGCCCCGCCGCCGGCCGCCCCGCUGCCCGUGACCCUGGACCUCCCGCUGUUCCCGCCCCUCAUGAUGCCGUCGGUCCAGCACCCGGCCCUGGCCCCGCAGCUGGCCCUGCAGCUGACCCCCGUGGACGCCCUGGCGGCGGACCUGAGCCGGCUGUGCCAGCAGCAGCUGGGCCUGGACCCCGUCGCCCUGCGCCACGCCGCGCAGUUCAAGCGGCCGCGGACGCGCAUCACGGACGACCAGCUGAAGGUGCUGCGGGCCUACUUCGACAUCAACAACUCCCCCGGCGAGGAGCAGGUGCAGGAGAUGGCGGGCAAGUCCGGCCUCUCCCAGAAGGUCAUCAAGCACUGGUUCCGCAACACGCUCUUCAAGGAGCGGCAGAGGAACAAGGACUCGCCCUACAACUUCAGCAACCCCCCGGUCGCGGCCCUGGACGAGCCGCAGCCCGACCCCCCGCCGGCCCCGCCGGACCCCUCCAAGGCCGACCCGGCGGCCUUCGGGAAGAGGUCGUCCCGCACCCGGUUCACCGACUACCAGCUGCGGGUCCUGCAGGACUUCUUCGACACCAACGCCUACCCCAAGGACGACGAGAUCGAACAGCUGUCCACGGUCCUCAACCUGCCCACGCGGGUCAUCGUGGUCUGGUUCCAGAACGCCCGGCAGAAGGCCCGCAAGACGUACGAGAACCAGGCCGAGGCCAAGGACAGCGAGAAGCGGGAGCUGACCAACGAGCGCUACGUCCGCACGGCCAACCUCCAGUACCAGUGCAAGAAGUGCGGCGGGGUCUUCCCGCGCAUCUUCGACCUCAUCACCCACCAGAAGAAGCACUGCUACAAGGACGAGGACGACGAGGCCCCGGACGAGAGCCCGGCCGACGAGCCCCCGGAGGCCGCCGCCACCCCGCCCGCCCGCUCGCCCGAGCCGGAGCCCACCCGGACGCCGCCCCCGCCCGCCGACGGGCCCGGGCGGACCGCGGCCCCGCCGCCUCCACCGCCACCGCCGCUCUCCCUGGCGCCGCUCCCCCCGACUCUACCUCCGCCGCUGCUGCAGUACCAGUGCGACCAGUGUCGCGUGGCCUUGCCCAGCCUGCGGCUCUGGCAGGAACACCAGCACGUGCACUUCCUGGCGGCCCAGAACCAGUUCCUGCACUCGCCCUUCCUCGAGCGGCCCGUCGACCUGCCCUACGUCAUCUUCGACCCGGGCAACCCGCUGCUGGCCUCCCCGCUGGCCCCGCCGCCCCCGCCGGCGGGCACCCCGCCCGCCGGCCCCCCGAAGAGGAAGCCCGAGGAGCGGGACGACGCGGCGGCGGCGGGGUCCGGGGCGGGCGGCGGGGUGGGAGAGGACCAGCACCGGGACAAGCGCCUGCGGACCACCAUCACCCCCGAGCAGCUGGAGGUCCUGUACGAGAAGUACCUGCUGGACUCCAACCCCACCAGGAAGAUGCUGGACCACAUCGCCCGCGAGGUGGGCCUCAAGAAGCGCGUGGUGCAGGUCUGGUUCCAGAACACGCGGGCCCGCGAGCGGAAGGGCCAGUUCCGCGCCCUGGGCCCCGCCCAGGCCCACCGACGCUGCCCCUUCUGCCGCGCCCUCUUCAAGGCCAAGUCGGCCCUCGAGAGCCACGUGCGCUCGCGCCACUGGAGCGAGGGUCGGCGGGCGGGCUCCGGCCUCCCGCCCAGCCCCGUUCCGGCCCCGGACGACGGGCCCGACGGCGUCCCCCGCCAGUACGUCUUCUUCGACUGCCCGGCGCUGGCGCUGGCCAAGGCGGACCCGGCCGGCCAGGGCAGGCCCGCGCCCGCCCGCUCCCCGCGGGGCCGCCCUGGCCCGGCUGGUGACGACCAGGGCCGGGCCGAGCCGGACGAGACGUCGUCCGUCAACACGGCCGUCAGCGACGCCGCCGCGGCCGAGGAGCCGGAGGCGGGGCCCGGGCCCGCCCCCCGAUCCUCCCCGCGGGGGGGCGGCGGCGGCGGCGGCGACCCGGACACCGGCCCCUUCCCGGCCGACGACCCCGACGACGGCGCCGACCGCAGCGAGUCGUCCAGCGCCGCCGACCCCGGCUCGCCGGCCCCGCCGGGCUCCGGGCCCCCGUUCCGGGCCCGGGGCGGCGAGAGGCCGGGCCACAAGCGGUUCCGCACGCAGAUGAGCAACCUGCAGCUGAAGGUGCUCAAGGCCUGCUUCGGCGACUACCGCACGCCCACCAUGCAGGAGUGCGAGCUGCUCGGGGCCGAGAUCGGCCUGCCCAAGCGCGUGGUGCAGGUCUGGUUCCAGAACGCCCGAGCCAAGGAGAAGAAGUUCAAGGUCAACGCGGGCAAGGCCCCCCAGGCCGGCUCGGACGGCGGGGCCCGGCCCGACUGCGGCCUCUGCGGCGUCAAGUACUCGGCCCGCCUCUCCGUCCGCGACCACGUCUUCUCCCGCCAGCACAUCGCCAAGGUGCGCGAGACGGUGGGCAGCCAGCUGGACCGCGAGCGAGACUAUUUGGCCCCCACCACGGUCCGCCAGCUCAUGGCCCAGCAGGAGCUGGACCGCAUCAAGAAGGCGGCCGACGCCCUGGCACUGUCCGGCCCGCUGCCACCUGGCCCGGGGGAUGCCGGGCCCGGGGCCACUUCCUUGCUGGGCCUCGGGGGUCUGCCCACCACCUACCCAGCCCUGCCCGCCCUCCCCGCCGGCCUCCUCCCUGGGAUGAAUGGGCCAUCGCCUCUUCCCGGCUUCCCCCCAGGACCCAACGCUCUGUCAUCUCCCAGCCCGGGCCUCCUGGGGUUCCCCGUCUCCACGGCCUCAUCUCCGGCCCCGAGCAGCGGUCCCGCCAAGCCCGGCCCGCAGACCCCGCCGCCCCCGCCCGGCCCCGGCCCGCCCGACAGGGAGCCGGACAAGAAGCCACCCAGGCCCGGAAAGGUCCGCAAGGUCAAGGAGGAGGAGCCGGACGCCCCCCACCCGGAGAAGCCGCCCAGAAGAGAGGAGAAGAUGGCGCCGGGCCCGGGCGGGCUAGGCCCAGGCGGGCUAGGCCCGGGCGGAGAGAACAGCCGGCUCCCGGCCCCGCAGGGCCCCGACGGGCCGGCCCUCCUCGGUGGCCAGUUCCUGCCCUACUUCCUCCCCGGCUUCGCCUCCUACCUGGCCCCCCAGCUGCCCGGGGCCGGGCCGGGCGGGUUCCUGCCCCCGGCCUGCGGCCUGGAGGGCCUCUUCCCUUACGGGCCCGUGGGCUCGUCCCCGCCACCGCCGCCCCCGCCGCCGGACCCCCCGGCCCCGCAGCCCCGGGCCGCCCCGGCCAAGCCGCCGGCCCCGGACGGCGCCAAGGGGGACCCCCCGGCCGCCGCUCCCGUCAAGUACGAGUUCAUCUGCAGGAAGUGCCGGAUGAUGUUCGCGGCCGAGGAACCGGCCCUGACCCACCAGAAGUCCUUCUGCUACUUCGACCAGCCCCUCAUCAACCCGCGGGAGACGGUCCUCCGCGUGCCGGCCGGCGGCCCUCCGGGCGGCCCUUGCGACGCCGCCCCCGGGGCCCGGGACCAUCCGCCCCCCCAGCUCCGGGCCGGCGCCCACAAAGAGAAAACAAUCAAACAAGCAAUGAGAAAUGCCAAAGAGCAUAUAAGAUUAUUACCUCACUCAGUCCGCUCUCCCAGCCCCCACGCCACAUCUACCUCACCCUCCGCAGCUCCCCACAACGGCCCCUAUCCGCCCCCGUCCUCCUUCUCCAUCAAGUCCUGGCCAAAUCUCCUCUUCCCAGCCUCCACCAGGAAAGCUGCUCCCCCGCCCCCGCCCUCCCCGCCUUCAACGGUUACCUCAAGUUCGGGCAACUCCUCGGGGAUGCCCCCCUCGCUCCCCACGGAGAGUUGCUCCGACGAGUCCGACAGCGAACUGAGCCAGAAGCUGGAAGACCUAGACCACUCUCUGGAAGUCAAGGCCCAGUCGGCUUCCGGCCUCGACGGAAAUUUCGGCAGCCUCCGGAUGGAUCUUUUCGGGGUGUAG